AUGUUGCAGUUGAUGAAGCAUGUGCUUGAACUCGUGCCAUUCUACCUCUGCUAUCACAAACUUGUGAAAAUAUUCAUCAAGCAACUAAUUGAACUUUGGGGCACGUCAGAAGAUUCAAUAAGGAUUAUCUCAUUCAGGUGUCUUCUCAAACUCAUGAACAACCUCAACGAAAAACAGAUCAAAUUCACUUUUAAUAACCUCUACUUGUCAUGCAUGCGAAAUUGUCGUUUCACGAACGCAACGAGUCUGCCGUCAAUAAACUUCAUGAAGCAGUCUCUCGUUGAGUUGUACUGCCUGAAACCUGAUGUGGCCUACAACUGCUGCUUCACAUUUUUGCAGCAGAUGGCCAGGCAUUUACACAGUGCCUUACAGUCAAAAAAAAAAGAAUCAUUGCAAUCGGUGAACAACUGGCAGUUUUGUCACUCUAUGUCCAUCUGGGGACAACUUGUUGGCCAGAAAAAUGACAACAAAUUUAUCAAAUCGCUACAACAUCCACUAGUUGAAAUAAUACUCGGCUGUGUUCGAUUGAAUCACUCACCGGCAUACAUGCCUCUGCGAUUGUUCUGUGCACGUGUGCUAGCUCGCCUCUCUGAGCAAACGAGUGUCUACAUACCUGUCCUGCCAAUCAUUCUAGAGGUAAUCUCUCAACUUUUGCAACUGUUCAAAAGUACCCCGAAGCAGACAUCUAUGAAGUCGUGUACGUUCGCUUGCUGUUUGAGAAUGAACAAAAACGAACUCAAGGAAAAGGCUUUUCUGGAUGCUGCCAUGGAUGAAAUAUUUGAAUUGCUGUUAUAUUACUGUUCAUUGUAUUCGCACACUGUCGGCUUCCCCGAGCUUGUCCUGCCUCUUACCAUUCAGUUGAAGAAGUUCAUUAAGAGUAGUCGAGCGGAGAAUUAUGUGAAAAAGUUGAAGCAGGUACACGAAAAGAUACUAUCAACGAGUGAAAACAUCAAAAAGAAGAGGAGGCAGGCUUCUAUAGAUAUCAGAAAUCAAGACUCUUUAAGCUCGUUUGAGGAAACAUUGAGAGGAGAAACCAACGACAUCAAAAAGUUUUAUGACAGCUGGAUGAAAUUGAGGAUAAAACAGCUGGAAAUGCUGGCAUCUAAAAAGGAACAGAUAUGCAAGGAUAAACUGCCUGAAAUUAAGAAACCCUCUAUUCGGGAGAAAUCUGAAGAGGAGAAAGAAAAAGACAAGAAGAAAAUCAAGUCACUCUUUAAAAUCAACGGUCAAGAUGACGGUGAUGAUGAAGAUGACGACGAAGAGGAAGAUGACGACGUUGAAAGGUUAACUUGCUUUUGUUUGUUUGCUAACCCGUUGCUAACUGUUUGGGCAGAUGUUUCUGAUUUUAUUGCAAGUGCGUGGGAUGUGCUAAUUGAUUUUAUAUUGGCAUAA